GCGCAGUCACGCCGCGUCCCCAUCAGAUAGUCCGUGCUUGUCCGUGCUCGCGGUGACUCUGCGACCACUUGGGAAGGCCUGCGAUCGUUGCGUGUAUCUCUAGAAGAAACUAACUGAACGAUGAGCGAUCCCAUGAGUGGGGAAGAUUUAGCCACUGCGAUUUUGCGCAAGAAGGACAGGCCAAACAGACUGCUGGUCGACGAAGCUACCAACGAUGAUAACUCUGUGGUUACGCUAUCUCAAGCCAAAAUGGACGAGCUGCAGUUGUUCCGAGGAGACACUGUACUGCUCAAAGGGAAACGCCGCAAGGAAACUGUCUGCAUUGUUCUCUCUGAUGACACCUGCUCCAAUGAAAAGAUUAGAAUGAAUCGGGUAGUUAGAAGUAAUCUACGUGUACGUCUCAGCGACGUCGUCUCGGUGCAAGCUUGCCCUGACGUUAAAUAUGGAAAACGCAUUCAUGUACUGCCAAUUGAUGAUACAGUUGACGGGCUUACUGGAAAUUUGUUCGAAGUGUAUUUGAAGCCGUACUUCUUGGAAGCGUACCGCCCUGUCAACAGAAACGAUAAUUUCAUAGUCCGAGGUGGCAUGCGAUCCGUCGAAUUUAAAGUCGUGGAGACAGAUCCUGGUCCAUUUUGCAUCGUGGCGCCAGAUACUGUGAUUCACUGCGAGGGUGAUCCAAUAAAACGAGAGGAGGAAGAAGAAUCUUUAAGCGCCGUAGGCUAUGACGACAUCGGAGGAGUUCGCAAGCAACUAGCCCAGAUCAAAGAGAUGGUGGAACUGCCAUUAAGACAUCCAUCUCUGUUCAAAGCCAUCGGCGUAAAGCCACCUCGCGGGAUUCUUCUAUACGGUCCACCAGGAACAGGAAAAACAUUGAUAGCCCGUGCAGUGGCCAACGAGACUGGAGCAUUCUUUUUCCUGAUCAACGGCCCCGAGAUCAUGAGUAAACUAGCUGGAGAGUCUGAGAGCAAUCUGCGAAAGGCCUUCGAGGAAGCUGAAAAGAACUCCCCGGCAAUAAUAUUCAUCGAUGAGCUGGAUGCCAUUGCUCCUAAGCGAGAAAAGACACACGGAGAGGUGGAGCGCCGUAUUGUGUCGCAACUGCUGACACUUAUGGAUGGCAUGAAGCAGAGCGCCCACGUGAUCGUGAUGGCCGCGACAAAUCGACCCAACAGCAUCGACGGAGCCCUUCGACGUUUCGGCCGUUUCGACAGGGAGAUCGACAUUGGCAUCCCGGAUGCCACGGGACGCUUGGAGAUUCUACGCAUUCACACCAAGAACAUGAGACUCGCAGAUGACGUCGAGCUGGAAGAAAUCGCCGCAGAAACUCACGGCCACGUAGGUGCGGAUUUGGCAUCUCUUUGUUCGGAGGCUGCUUUGCAACAAAUCCGUGAAAAAAUGGACCUCAUCGACCUGGAGGACGACCAAGUGGACGCGGAGGUCCUUGCUUCCCUGGCGGUCACGAUGGAGAAUUUCAAGUACGCGAUGAGCAAGAGCAGUCCUAGUGCACUCCGAGAGACCAUUGUCGAGGUUCCGACAGUUACAUGGGACGACAUCGGCGGUCUCCAGAACGUCAAACUAGAGCUCCAGGAAUUGGUCCAGUACCCGGUCGAGCAUCCCGACAAGUUCCUGAAGUUCGGCAUGCAGCCCUCACGAGGGGUCCUCUUCUACGGGCCUCCAGGUUGCGGUAAGACACUCCUGGCGAAGGCGAUCGCCAACGAGUGCCAGGCCAACUUCAUCUCCGUUAAGGGUCCAGAACUCCUGACGAUGUGGUUCGGCGAGUCGGAGGCCAACGUCAGGGACGUCUUCGACAAGGCAAGGUCAGCGGCGCCCUGCGUCCUCUUCUUCGACGAGCUCGACUCCAUCGCGAAGUCGCGAGGAGGGACCGUAGGCGACGCCGGAGGUGCCGCCGAUCGCGUAAUCAAUCAGAUCCUGACCGAAAUGGAUGGCAUGGGCGCUAAGAAGAACGUCUUCAUCAUCGGUGCGACGAACAGGCCCGACAUCAUCGAUCCUGCCAUCCUGAGACCCGGAAGACUCGACCAGCUGAUCUAUAUUCCCCUGCCGGACGAGAAGUCCAGGGAGGCGAUCUUCCGGGCGAACCUGCGGAAGUCCCCGGUCGCCAAGGACGUCGACCUAACCUACAUCGCCAAGGUGACCCACGGAUUUUCCGGGGCCGAUCUGACCGAGAUCUGCCAGCGCGCCUGCAAGCUGGCGAUCAGACAGUGCAUCGAGACCGAGAUCCGCAGAGAGAGGGAACGUCAGGCCAACCCCAGCGCCUCGGCCGACAUGAUGGAGGAGGACGAUCCCGUGCCGGAGAUAACGCGGGCCCACUUCGAGGAAGCCAUGAGAUUCGCCCGGCGUUCCGUAUCCGACAACGACAUCCGCAAGUACGAGAUGUUCGCGCAGACCCUUCAGCAAUCUCGCGGAUUCGGCACCAAUUUCAGAUUCCCUCAAAGCGGGACAGGUGGUGCUCAGGAUCCCACGCAGGGCGACCCGGCCUUCCAGGACGACGGCGACGACGACCUUUAUAGUUAGAUUAUCAUCGUUCCCCUUAAGUUUCGCAAUGCGUUCAGGAAACAAGCGAGAUAAGGAAGAAAGAAAAAAAAUAAGAAAGAGGAAACGCGAAGAAAGGGCCUGUCUGUUACCGUGUAUAUUUUACACAGCCGUGGUUUUUAAUGGUUCAUGAAGGAUAACUGAAUAAACAAAUUGUAUAAGUAACGCGCCGUGUCGGUCUCGCGGCCGGAGAUGGGCAGAUUUAAAUCUACAGGAUCGGUCUGCGCGGAUUUAUCGCGACGAUUUAUCGCGACGAUUUAUCGCGACGAUUUAUCGCGACGAUUUAUCGUCACGCGAACAGCUCCCACGUGGUAGCUGACAACGAAUCGUAGCUAUUUGUAAUCCGUGCGAUUGAGAGUCGAUUAAUCAUACGAACACCUCCGACCUGUACAGAUCACGUUAGCCUAGAUUUAUCGCAACGACACAUCGCCAUCGUAAACCAUUAAAACGACUUCAAAUGUCUGUAAAAAGCCUUUGAACAUUCUCAAACGUCUCGUUAUCAACGCUGCGCCCAUCUCCGGUAGAACCGGACGGUUCUCCAUAUUUUUCUUUUUGUUUUCUUUCUCACCGCAUGGAUUAUCGUCUUUCAAAUCGAACGCGGUACAAUUUCCCAAUCGUCUGGUCUGUCUCUCUCCCUCUCUUUGCCUCGGUAAAAUGGCUGUCGGAAAAAGGAAGAAAAAGAAGAAAAAAAAAAGAAAAGAGGAGAAAAUCGGGAAUAAAUUCAAAGAGAAGGAGAAGAACCCACAGCGGACGAUCUUGCCGAUAAAUUCCUAAUCUAAGACUUAAUCCCGGGUUUUGCGCGAAGGUUAAAAAGAGAAAAGAGAAGAAAGAGAAACACCAGGCAUCACCGACCACCACGUUUUAAAAGUCCUCGCAUUUGUCACCGGGAAUUUCAAUGUCUUUCUAUUGUCAAUAAAUCCGUAGAAUUCGUA